UUGAUUAUAGCUAAAAAGCUUUUCAACCGCCACAUUUGACUCGGGUAUUUUUGGCAGUUUCGUCGCAUCCAACAUGGCUGGACGAGGUGGUUAUGAAGAUUCGAGGGACUACACGGGAGGUGGGCACCAUGGUAGUAGGAAGCCACUGCCAACGGAACCACCAUACACAGCGUAUGUGGGAAACCUACCACAAGGUGUUGUUCAAGGAGAUGUCGACAGAAUCUUCCAGAAUCAAAAUGUUAGAGGGGUGCGUCUUGUUAAGGACCGUGAGACGGACGUAUUCAAAGGAUUCUGUUACGUUGAAUUUGAAGAACUCAGCGAUCUGGAGUCUGCACUUGACAUGAAUGGAGUUGUCAUAGUUGAGGGUAACACAAUUAAAAUAGAUAUCGCUGAUGGAAAGCGAAAUGACAGAGGGGGAGGGUUUGAUCGAAGAGGACGUGGUGGUGGUGGCGGUGGUUUUAGAGGAGGCAGAGAUGGAGGCCGAGGUAGUAAUUAUGGAGGAGACGACUUUGGCUCAAGAAAUAUGGAUUUGAGAGGCUACAACGACAGAGGAUCACGUGGUGGUGGAGGAAGGCAAGGUAGUGGAUUUGAACCAAGGGGAAAUAGAGGCAACUAUGGUAAUUUCAAUGAAGAACCAGGUUCAGGUGGUGGAAGCAGAGAGUGGUCCCGCGGCGGUGGAGGUAGAGGAAGUGGGUUAAGUACAUAUGGACGUGAGCCAGCCCGUGGAAGUGGUGGCCCCCGAUCUGGUGGGCCUGACCGCAAACCCUUCAAUGAAGACAUCAAAGAUCCACCAGCAGAUACUUCCGGUCGAAAGAGAUUGGUGUUGAAACCCAGAACAGUUCCAGACCCAGUAAACGCAAUUGCAGAAUCUAGCAAGUCUAGUUCAAUCUACGGAGGAGCUAAGCCUCGUGAAGAAAAAUUGGAGAAUGAAGAAGAGAAGUAAACUGCAACAUACGCCCUAAUAAUAAUGUUUCCUCCUUCACUUACUACGGGCUUAGGGAAUAAUCAUUCUUGUUUUGCCCCAUCACAUCCUCUGUUGUAACCAAUGUUUUGGUUUUUAUAAAAGAAAUUGAUUAUUUGGUCACUAAUAUUUGUUGGUACAUUAUUUUACACAAUUCCUACCAAAUUAUGUGAAGUAUCUAUUACUGUAUUACUAUUAUACAAUUGCAGUUGCCGUUUGUAUCAAUAUUUAUGUGAUGUGUAUGUUUUGAUAUCAGGUUGGAGGGUAUGUACAAAUUAAUAAAAAUAGUAACUAUGAUUUUGUGCGAUGAAAGCAGCUGAACCUUAGGGUCCCUUUUUUGUCCCGUUACAUUGGGUCAUUAUUGCAGAGUAAAUGAUGCCUAAUAACAAGCUGCAUGCACUAUCUCGUUUGUACUCUGUUACGUUUAUAAUAGGGUACAAGAUAAUAAUGUUCUAAUCAAGAAAGGAUGUCAUUUUUAAGUUAGUUUUAUAAUAAAAACUAAUAAAAAUAAACAAUUACACGAUUUUUUGAGGCUCUCUUACAAGGGGAUAGUUUGAAAAAUGUUUGACUUCUCUAAAAAAAGAACUAAUUGUACUGAUAUUGAUAAUUCACUAUGCUUAUAUUAUCAACUAACAAUAGUACAUAAAUAUAAAUGAUACUAUGUGGAACUAUGCUUGUAUAUGAUACCAUUCAAUAAUAAAGUAAUUUGUCUCGUA